UCGAGGCUGUAAGAUGGCGGCGCGGUGGGGAGUGGGGGAGGACUGUUUAACCACCGGCAAUAUGGAAUUUUUCUCAACAUAUGCACUCGAUCAGGGCGGUCUGUCCGAGGGUAGUGAUGGCCUGGCCCAGCUGGAGUCUGGGGGUGGGUUGGAGUCCUUCCAUGGCAGUCUGGACCCUUCCAUCUUGUGUAUCUUCGAGGACAGCACUUCUACUGGAGAGGCCAAAAGCCGAUUGGAUGACGAGAGCGAGGCGACACUCCUCACAGCUCUAACCGAAAUACUUGACAAUGUCGAUGACGAAAACCUGUCACCCUUCGACACUCUGCCAGACUCCGACCUCUUCUCUGGUCAGAAGGGCCGGGAGCAGUCCCCGCUGAGGAGGCUUCUGAGUCUGGCAAGGUCACCCCCUUACAGAGAGCCUGCCCGUGGCCCCAAGUCUGCCUCCUUCACCACUGGAAAGUCAGAAGGUGUGCACCAGAAGGCCAGGGUCCCCCUCCGAGCCCCGGAUACAGCUCUGCAGAGGAGCGACGGAGAGGAGGAAGAGGAGGCAGGCGGCAGCUUGGGGCCAUGUUCUGAGAGCGACGAAGACCCCGCAUCACCUGAGGGAGGUGUCCCGCUCAACCUGGACCAGGACGGGGAGGGCGUCCCCGUGUCCCUCAGCGACCUUGUCAGGCACAUGCACCCCUACUGCCUGGCGGUCUCCCUGGAGCCAGGGGAGACCGAGGGCGGGGCCCCGCUGCUGCCGGAGGGGGGGAUUGUUUUGGAGGUGGUGGACCGGGGGGAGCAAGGGGAGCCCAUCCUGGCUGUCGCCCCGGAGCUGACCUUCCCAGAGGCACUGCCCACUGAGGAUGGGGCGGCGGGAUUUGAGCGGGGUGUUGCGGAGGAGGAGGUCUUUCCGAAUGCGGGAGCGGUGAACAAGGGCGCUCCCUACCCAGCACCAAAUCCUGAGGAGGGUAGCGAGGGAGCGAGCGAGGAGCGACCCAAGGGGGACACCUGGGAAAAAUGCCCCACGGGUCGCAAGAAGAAACGGAAAAACGGAGAGGACAAGGGCGGUGGGGAGGGGUUGGAGGAGGAGGAGGAGGAGGAGGAGGAGGGCCCCGUGGAACUCCUAGAAGCACCCAGUGAAACAGCCCAAACACUGAAGCAGAAGAAGAGGGUCACCUUUGCACCUGUUUUGACCUCCUUCCUGGAUGCACCGAUUGAUGAUGGCAGUCAGAAUAAAGAACCGCUACUCUCAGCUUUGGGUGAACAAGAGGGAGCCGUCCUGGGAAAGCCAGCCAAUACUGGCUCUGAGGAGAGAGUAUCCGACACUUCCAUGGCAAUGGAUUGCAACACAGCCUCUGUCCAGGAGGGGGCGCCAGCCUCCCAGCAAGUUGAUCCCAAGCCCAGGCCCCUCAGCCUGCAGCAGUACCGGAUCCUGAGGCAGCAGAAGAAGCUGGCUCCGGUGGAGAAGCAGGAGGACCACAGCACCAAGUGGCCAACCCUCCCUGAACCCCCCACGGAGCUGCCCCCCAUCCCCUGCCUGCUGGAGCCCCAGCAUGUCCAGCAUUCCAGGAGGUGGCCCCCCCAGCCAACCACCAGAACUAGCCCCAAUACAGCAUCCACUUGGCAGCCUGUGGGCCCUGCAGCGCCCCCUACUCCCAAAGCUCUGCUGGUGCCUCCAGGGUCUGUGGUGUCCUCCAGUGAGGCUGCUGCCACUUCAGCUAGACCUGGAAGUGUCACCAAAGUCAUGGAAGGGUCACAGAAUCCAUCCUGCAGUCCCGGUUUGAAUCCAGCCCCACUAUUGGCUAACUCCUCCAAGUGGCCUGACUCCAAGAACCGACCUGAACUCGGCGUCGGCCAACCACAGAACCCUACUGCUGCUAGUCACCAAAGUCCUCCCUCUGGUACCCAUCCCCCAGCUCUUGCUGCCAGCGGACCUGCGCGAUGCAGUGGUGUCACAGAGGGGAUCCCAGAGCAAGGGCCACUUGGUCACCCGGGGGCUGGUCUCUCAGUCAGCAUCCCCCCACAGUCACACGCACUUCCUGCCGAGGCUCUGGCACCUCAUCCACCAACCACCCAGACCACAGCACUGACUCAGAAACCGCAGCCCAGCCCCUGCCCUACAAAGAAGGGAGUCCCUCCCAAGCACCCUCCCAUCCCCGCUGCCCCGGUCCCUGGCCUCGCUGCCCAGGGGAGGCCCCCAAAGGUGGCCCAGAAGAACCUGACCCCAGUCCAGAUGCCAUCAUCAGUGAAGAGGGGCCCCAAGGAGAGGAUCGCCUGCAACAUCACUAGUGACAUUGGAAUUGAAGCCACUGAUCUAACAAGCCUGCUUGAGCAGUUUGAGGAGACUCAAGCCAAUGAGAAGCCGGGGGUGCCAGAGGUCUGUGGUAGAGCAGCCGCUGUAGGAAGCUCCAGCUUGGAGCAGCAGCGUCUGCGAGGCCCGGAUUUAGGAAGCACCGCAGGCCUCACCCCUCCGGCCACCCCCCCGCACCAGAUUUGGAAGCCCCUCACCCCCGUGGCACUGCUGGGGAGGACCAAGCAGCCGGAGGGCCUGAAACCGUCACCCGCCAAGGCCAUCCAGAUCAUCAAUCCCCGGCCACUGCCGGGCAAUGGCAAGCCACGCAGCAAGUGCCCGCUGGCUGCCACCCCUUCCCAGCCGGCCACACCCAUAGCGCUGAAGGAGGCUCCAGCCUUCAUGGACCAUGACUACUGCCUGCCCCCAGAGGGGCCCUCAGUCACCAAGCGUCAGCAGCCUGUUACUGCAGAAAAGUCAGAGGGCCCCUCUAUCUCUGCGGCGGCCAAGGGCAUUAAGCCCACAACCCCUGGCAUCACCACAACCACCACCACUGCACCCGGGAAGUUUGUCACCCAGCCUCUGGAUCACAGGACUCUGGCAGGCUCCGUCCUGCUCUCCCCAGACACCUCCCCCUGCAGGCUAGAGGCCGACACUGCGGCGUCUGCGGAGAGGGGCCCCAGGAACAAAAGCAGGGGCGCCCUCCGCUUCUUGGAGCAUUCCCCCAGCCCCCGCCCUGGGGAGAGGGGCCGGGCGAAGAGGCGCUACCGGACGCGGUCGCCCAGCUCUGACUCCGGCAGCUCUGGGUCCAGCUCACGGUCCUCCUCAAGGUCCCAGUCCAGUUCCAGAUCAACCUCCCGGUCCCAUUCACGUUCCAGUUCACGGUCUCCGCCCAGGAAGAGGUUCCGUUCCCAUCGCUCUGACAGCAGCUCCAGUUCAUCCUCGCGCUCCAGCUCCCACUCUCUCUCCCGCUCCCCGCACCGCCGCGACCGCCACCGGAGCCGGGGCUCCUACGUCGGCACGCGCCACAGUUCCUGGAGCCGGUCGCGAUCCCGGUCGCGAUCCCCCCAGGACCGACGCCAUCGCUGGUGGAGGGGAAGCCGCAGCCCAACGUACAGGUGCAGAUACCGCUACGACUCCCGGGAGCGCUGCCGGUCCCAGGAUGUGAAGGAUCGUAAGGAGAAGGCCAUUGAAGAGCGCCGAGUGGUGUACGUGGGGAGGAUUCGGGGAGGCAUGACGCGCAAGGAGCUGAAGGAGAGAUUCUCGCAGUACGGGGAGAUCGAGGAAUGCACGCUGCACUUCAGAGAAUACGGGGACAACUACGGCUUUGUCACCUACUACAACACGAAGGACGCAUUCACCGCCAUCGAGAACGGCAGCAAGCUGCGGCAGUCAGACGAGCUGCCCUUUGACCUCUGCUUCGGGGGGCGGCGGCAGUUCUGCAAAUCCAGCUACGCCGAUCUCGAUUCUAAUCGGGACUUUGAUCCGGUUCCGAAGAAAAGCAAAUUUGACGCGCUCGACUUCGACACUUUGCUCAGACAGGCCCAGAGGGGGUUGAAGAGGUAACAGGAAGAGGCUGCACUGCAGAGGGAAGAGGAGAAGCAGGAAGAGGAGGAAGAGGAGGGACAACCGUGUACUUACCUCAGAGCUGGAACACCAGCUCACACCUUCAGGCACUGCCUUUUCACCGUGGAUUUUCUUUUUUUUUUGUUUGUUUUUUUUGGUCUCCCCUGGUUUCUU